UACUUCAUCAAAAUUUGAUUGAUUUCUGUGAUUGAAAAUGAAGGGUGGGGAUGGAGCAAAGAUGAGGAUAGUGUGCCUGCAUGGAUUCAGAACCAGUGGGAGUUUCCUCAGAAAGCAAAUCAGCAAAUGGAAUCCUUCCAUUUUUGCUCAUUUUGAUAUGGAUUUCCCAGAUGGAAUUUUUCCUGCUGGAGGAAAAUCUGAGAUUGAGGGCAUAUUUCCACCCCCUUACUUUGAGUGGUUCCAGUUCAACAAGGACUUCACAGAGUACACAAAUUUGGAAGAAUGCAUAGCUUACUUGUGUGAGUACAUCACAAGCAAAGGUCCAUUUGAUGGUUUGCUUGGUUUCUCUCAGGGAGCAACAUUGUCGGCCCUUCUACUAGGUUAUCAAGCACAGGGAAAGAUAUUGAAGGAGCAUCCACCCUUCAAGCUGUUUGUAUCUAUAUCAGGGUCGAAAUUCAGGGACCCGAGCAUAUGUGAGGUUGCUUAUAAAGACCCCAUCAGGGUGAAAUCUGUGCAUUUCAUUGGAGAUAAAGACUGGCUGAAACUACCUUCUGAGGAGCUAGCCACAGCGUUUGUGAACCCUCUCGUCAUACGGCACCCUCAGGGCCACACCGUGCCAAGGCUAGAUGAAGAUGCUGUGUGCAAACUAAGCAACUGGGCUAUGGAAAUUAUACUCUCACAGCGCAGCACAAAUGCAGCUCCUGUCGAUACGGUAGACGAAACCGUGAAGAAUGAUGAAGAAGAAGAAGCAGCUGAGCCAAAGGAGAAAUGUGAGUGUGAGAUAGCAGGGAAUGGCAUUGCCCUGCAGAGAAGAGAAGCUGAAGCUGUAGAAGCAGUGAAUGCCUAAAACAUCAAGAAUAUGAGAAUGCCAAGAGCAAUGAUAUGUUUAAUUUAAUUUUUAUGGUAUGGUAUGUGAAAUCAUUGAUUUGGGAUUUUUGUGAUUUUUGAAGGGUUGUUAUCAGUAUGGAUUA